CCCCGGCAAGUCCCGGCGAUCGACCGAGCAAAGGCACGGUAGUUGGAGCCAGCCGCCAGCAACCUCACUCCAACAACAUCACCUCGUUUGCAGACCUCACUGAUUGCACCUCCUCUGCUAUCCGCCCAACCCGUGUGCCUCGUGCCGUUGUGCGAGAGACCUCGACGAGCUCUCGUCCAGAGCACUUAUAUCCGGAGUAUAGAUGCUGCCAUGGCCCCAGGAAUGGGCAUAAAAGCUCCAGUUGCGCGUACCCGAACAGGCUGCUUGACAUGUCGAAAACGCAAAGUCAAGUGUGACGAGCUGAAGCCCAAUUGCGGGAAAUGCCAACGACUCCAACGCCCUUGCGUCUGGAGUGAGGACCUCCAAGCACUCCCACACUCGCACGCCCGGUCGCACCAAUACUCCCUCCCCCCAUCAUCUACACGCCCUGGCAGCGUAUCGUUAAGCCGACCAUCAGGGCAGAGCUUUGUCGUCGAGUUUCCUAAUGUGAAUAGAGCUACUAUUCCGUAUAUCCAUCACUUCGUUACGUUCUGUUGUCGCUUCCUAGCGUAUCCGAAUGAUAGCGAGGGCAAUCCGUUUCAAGAAGAGCUGGUGCCCUUGGCGGUUCAGAGCCCGGCGUUGCUGCAUUCUAUGGCAGCAGUCGCGGCUGGACAUCUAGCGAGGAGUCAACGGCAGCAUCAAUUAACGGCAACGAGGCAUUAUUCGAUGGCCUUGAGGGGGUUGACGACUACAUUGAGCAAUCCGGUAGCUGCCAAGAGCGACGCUACCCUGGGAGCUUGCCUGCUGUUAUGUGUCUACGAGAUUUCACACUCUGAGAGUGGUCUAUGGCUACAACACCUCCAAGGAGCUAGAGAUCUCAUUCUUUACCGGGGAGGCCCGAGGACUACAGAUUACUUGUCUCGGUUCUUUUCUCUGCUCGAUGUUUCAGGCUCUUUGUUUGCUGGUGGUGGGCCGUUGCUUAAAGGAAAUUAUUGGCUCGAGGAUAAUGUUGCCAAUACGCCGGAAGGCAGUAAGCAGAAAAGUGCGAUUCCGAACUGGCCUGCUUAUGACCCAGAUGGAGAGAACGAAAACCAUUUCCACACCUUGAUGACUUUCAUGGCCAGAAUGUCACGUCUCUCAUCGGAAUCCAUGGCCAAGGAUGCUGAUCCAGCCUAUGUCCAAGCUACCGCUGCCAGCAUCCGGGAUGACCUCAACCGCUGGUGGCAGUCUUGCCCCCCAGCCCUCCGAGAUCAACCCACCGAUUGGCGACGACAGAUCCGGCCACGAAAACUCACCGUUCCCGAAACUCUGCAAGAAGAAGGCAUGUCCAGUAUCCGCUCGUGCUUAUUUGGGUGCAUCAUCUAUCUGAACCACAUUCUCGAUCCCGUUUGCCGGGAACCCCGAAAACCUGAAGUGACCGAGGCUAUUGUGGAGAUCUUGGACAUUGCCAAGGAGACUCCAGAGGGAUAUGGGUUGGAAAUGGGCUUAUACUUUGGCUUAUUCAUGGCGGGAAUCGCGGUUUUUAACGAGACCGAGACAGAGGAUCUGCUAAGGAGAAAACUUAAAGCGGAUACCAGCGUCAGUAUCUACCAUGCGGAUCGAGCCCUUGAACUGUUGGAGGUUCUCUGGGGCAGACAACAUCGAUAUGGAGUCAAGUACGACUGGCGCCAAGUGCAAACACAAAUGGGUAUCCAAGUGUAUAUCUUUGCGUGAGGCAAUAUCCGCUAGCGGUUCACGAAGAUUGUCAACAGCCGGCACCAGAGAAUGGCGUUUUAUAGGGGUCCCCAGAAGAGCAGGUCUCGUUACGACUCCCCCAGGCUUCACCAAUCACGUGGCACGUUUCCUCAUGCAUCAUAUCACAAAUACCUUAUGGAGUAUAGGUUUUGAGGUUGGGCUAGCUUGUGGACUUUCCUCAGAGAAGGGGCACUUCCGAGUAUUAUGAA